GGGGUGCCCAGGGGGCUCCUGAGUAGUGGAUGUUGUUCUGGGGUCCCGAGUCCUGGGAGUGCUCGAGGGGCUCUGCUGCCCACCGUGGACCGUCGCUGCAACAAAGCGAGGGUGGCACUGGCCUCUCUGCCUCGUUCGCUGCCACCACGUGAGGACCCUUCAUGCUCCCCUCUGUCCUCCCGCGGUCACCCACUGCUUUCCCUGCGGCUGCUCUGCUCUUCUCCCAUCCUUCUCCAGGCACAGGUGUCCCAACGGGAUGCUCCAGGAACUCUGCGCUUCGCUAACACUGUUUUUUCUUGCUUUGCUGGACCAGUUCUCCCAGCAUGAUCCUCCUUUAAAACCGUCCCCAUGCAAAUCUCUGUUUAUUCCUACAUGUUCCUCCUGCCCUGUUCCUGUCACCAGCGUGAAAAGCCUUUCUUCCUUAUUCUUAGCUGGAGGGCACUUGGUUUCACUGGGAGCUCUUGGUGAGGGAGAUGACCAAUUUUAGUUUGUACAAAAUCUCCCAUUUUUGUAAAGGGGAGGGUGGAGGAGGGGUGCUGGCUCUCCUCAUUGCAUUCUGGGGUCUGACACUUUCCUGUAAUCCUUGGGAAGCAGGGGAGAGCAAAGGCCCUCCAGGAUGGCAGGGAAACAGUGGGCCAGCACACCCAGCCCUGCACACCCUAAAGGAUGGCUACUCAAUUUGCUGGCACAGGAGCUGCUCUGAAUCCCUCCUGCAAAGGCUGUUCUCCCCAGAGACCCCAGACCAAAAACUGGGGGCAGACAUUUGUCCCUCUGGCACUGACCCAGGCUCUGUGUCCUCAGCCAGUGGGUCAAUCGCCAUGCUGUGUCUCUAGCACCGUGAAGCAAUGGCACGUCUAGAGAUGGAAGGAAACCAGAUAAACCUGGACAACCUCGAGAAAGGCAUAGACAACUCUGCUUUCAGCUCCCUGGUAAACCUCCCCAUUCUCUCCCUGUUGGGGUGCAGGAGCUGCUUGGGCGCUCCGGCUAACGAUGUUUUCCAGGGUGAGGAGGAGCUCUGCGAGGAACGUGAUGGUCCACAUGGUGGGAAUGAGAGGAAGAGAAGAGAAGGCAAUGGGAGAGUUGCUUCAUACUGCAGGAAGGCCCUGCAGCCAGCCUCCAAGGCAAAGAGAUUCUGCAAGGCUCACGCCAAGGCAUUGCGAAGGGUCUGCUGGGGGCUCCUUGGAGCAGCCUACCUGUGCUACUUCAUUGCGGCGUGUUGGCUCAACUUCCAGCAAGCCCUCGCCUUGGUCGUUAUCACUGCGGUGGUCAUCUUCUUCAUGUGCUGGAGCCUCUUCAAGAAGUACUGUGGGGCAAAGGUGUUGACACUCCUCAGCCCCCUUUGGAAAUGCUUGCAGAAGUCCUGGCCAUGGCUGAAGUGGCUGCUGUAUGUGCUCCUCCUGGGAGGCCUGGUGACGUGGCUGGCUUUGGACACGGCCAAGAAGCCAGAGCAGCUCAUCUCCUUAGCUGGCUUCUGCGUUUUGGUGCUCUUCCUGUUUGCCUUCUCCAAGCACCACAGCGCAGUGUCCUGGAGAGCUGUUUUCUGGGGUCUUGGCUUGGAGUUUUUAAUUGGACUCUUCAUCCUUCGAACAACCCCUGGCAUUCAGGCUUUCCAGUGGCUGGGUGACCAGAUCCAGGUCUUCCUGGGCUAUACCAAAGCUGGCUCUAGCUUCGUUUUUGGGAAUACACUCAUUGAAGACGUCUUUGCAUUUCAGAGUCUGCCCAUCAUCAUUUUCUUCAGCUGCGUGAUGUCCAUCCUCUAUUACCUCGGUGUCAUGCAGUGGCUCAUCCUCAAGAUCUCCUGGCUCCUCCAGAUCUCGUUGGGCACCACCCCUACUGAGACGUUGAGCGUGGCAGGGAACAUCUUUGUGGGACAGACUGAAGCCCCGCUGCUCAUCCGCCCAUACCUUGCAGACAUGACCCAUUCUGAGAUCCACGCCGUGAUGGCUGGUGGCUUCUCCACCAUUGCAGGCAGUGUGAUGGGAGCCUACAUAUCCUUUGGGAUAGAUGCGGCAUUGCUGAUUGCAGCAUCUGUGAUGGCUGCACCCUGUGCCCUUGCCAUGUCCAAACUGGUCUACCCUGAAGUGGAAGAGUCCAAGUUCAAGGGCAAAGAAAGCGUUCGUAUCAGCAGUGGGGAAGAGCGGAACAUCCUGGAAGCUGCCAGCAAUGGGGCUGCCGCCUCCAUAGGACUCGUGGCCAACAUUGCAGCCAACCUCAUUGCUUUCUUGGCCGUGCUGGAGUUCAUCAAUGCUGCCUUGCGCUGGUUUGGGGAGAUGGUGGAAAUCAAAGACCUCUCCUUCCAGAUGAUCUGCUCCUACGUCCUCAUGCCUGUGGCCUUUCUCAUGGGGGCAGAUUGGGCAGACUCACCACUGGUAGCAGAGCUGCUGGGGAUCAAGAUCUUCCUGAACGAGUUUGUAGCGUACCAGCAGCUAGCCACGUACAAGAGGAACCGGCUGUCAGGCCUGGAGGAGUGGAGCGGGAGCAGGAAGCAGUGGAUAUCUGAGCGUGCUGAAAGCAUCACCACCUUCGCACUCUGUGGAUUCGCCAACCUAAGCUCCAUUGGGAUCAUGCUGGGAGGCCUGACCUCCAUGGUUCCUCACCGCAAGAGUGAGCUGGCUUCCAUUGUGCUGCGAGCCUUGCUCACGGGCAUCUGUGUCUCCAUGCUCAACUCCUGCCUGGCAGGCCUCCUCUAUGUGCCAACAGAGGUGGGCAACUGCGUGACCAUCCUUAUCAACGCCAACUUCACCUCUACCAACUAUACCAUAUACACGUGCUGCAAGCAGCUGUUUGCGAGCACGGUGCUUGAGAAUGGGACGCUCUCCUUUACGGGAGCCUGGGACAGCGUGGCGGACAGCCUGCCGUGCCUGACAGGGUGCUGCAGGCACUACAACCACACACACUGCACGGCAUGAACCCAGAGAUACCAACCCCAGGGAGCACUGCGGUCUGCGCAAGCUGGCCUCAAAGGCAGAAAAAUCCCCAACAGCUGGACAGAAAUCACCAUGCACCUUGUAACCAGCAUCCCUAGGUGCUGGCCCCAUGGACAGAGGGGAAACUGAUCGCAAAUAAACUACAGAAAUCCC